AUGGCAAAUUUCUGCCAGUCAGUUCUGUCCCAGCUGGAUGCUGGAAAAGAACACAAUGGAAUGCAAAGUAUCCCAACGAAUGACAACUGUGAUCCAAUGAGCUGUGCCACUAGUUCUUUAGCAAUGUUUUUCAUGAUCACCUUCACUUUGCUUAUCUGCCUUUUUGGAUUUGUGGGAAAUGGGACAGUCAUCUGGCUCCUGGCAUUCCGCAUCAAGAGGAAUCACUUCACCACCUACAUCCUGAACCUCUCCAUUGCUGACUUUGGCGUACUCACUGCUGUAGUUGCUAUUGAUUUGAACUGGAUUGUAUGUAAGUCAUAUCCCUUGCAUUUUGAGCUUCUAAGGUCAUUGUUUUACACUGGCUUCCUAUUCACAUACAGUGCUAGCCAGUUUCUACUGACGGUCAUCAGCAUUGACAGGUGCGUGUGUGUCUUUUUCCCCAUUUGGUAUCAUUUACAUAAGCACAAACACCUGUCCGCCAUCGUGUGCCCCGCAAUAUGGAUCCUUGCCUUCCUACCUUCUGGAAUUCACAUCACACUGGUGCUAACUGGGAAAUAUUGUGAUCUAAGCUCCUACCAGUUUCUUGUCAAUGCCCUGCUCUGCACCCUGUUAAUGUCCUUCUCCACUGCAACCCUGUCCUGGAAGGUCUACUUCAGACCACAACAGUGUAAGCAGAGGAAGCUUUUAACAGCCAUCUUGAUUACUCUCCUGCUUUUCCUCCUCCUUGCUAUCCCAAUGGAUGCUGUUCAGUACCUGGCCCUGUUUCAUAAAGAUCCCUACGUCCUGGAAUAUGCAUUCAUAUGUUCCUCUCUUAACAGUACUGUUAACCCAGUGAUUUAUUUCCUGGUAGGAAGACAGAAGGGCCGUCGUUUGCGGGAGUUAAUUAAAAGUAUCCUUGAGAAUAUCUUAAAGGAGGAGGAAGAAAGCAGAGAGGAACCGGAAUUCCCCAGUCAAAAUGUAAUAGGCUAA